CGCGCGUACUUCUCCAGAAGCAACUAGCUGGCUAGCUAACAAGCUUGUUUUUGUUUACAAGAAUGGCGACCUCCAAGAAAGGGAAGAAAGUUGUUAAUCAAGAGGAACUUCGACGGCUAAUGAGGGAGAAACAAAAGCAAGCCAGUGACAAGAAACGCGUCGAGUCUCCGUUUGCUAAAUACAACAGUCUCGGCCACCUCAGUUGUACCCUGUGCAAUGUGCAGGUGAAGUCCGAACUACUGUGGCCGGCGCAUGUUCUUGGGAAACAGCACAAAGAAAAGGUUGCUGAGCUGAAGGGAGGAAAAACUCAACCGGUGACACCGCAGAGUCAGCCACUGAAGCGGAAAGCACCCGACGACGAGGACGUUAAUGGAAAAAAGGCGAAACCCGCAGCGGCUCCUGGUCAGCCUUCGUUAGGACUGCCAGGAAAUUUCUUUGAGAAACCCAGCGAGAGGGCAGCUACUUCUUCACAGAAGACUGCAGGACUGAGCCUGCUGGCUGGAGUCUAUGAUGAGGACGACGACGAUAAUGAUGGUAAUAAUGAAGCUACUGGGAAGACAGGUGAACAGGUGGCCACACAUCCGCCUGCUCAGAAGGAUGAAGCUGCAGGACUACCAGCUGACUUCUUUGACAGCUCCAUCCCAUCCACGCCUGCAAUCUCCCAUUCAGGCUCCAUCCUCAAAGCAGACGUUCAGGAGAAGAUCCCAGAGAAGAAAGACAACACAGCCGAGGCGCUCCCGGAGGGUUUCUUCGACGAUCCGGUUAGAGAUGCCAAAGUGCGCAAUGUGGACGCUCCUAAGGAUCAAAUGGACAAGGAGUGGGAAGAGUUUCAAAAGGAGAUCCGACAGGUGAACACAAAGUCCGAGGCCAUCGUGGCAGAAGAAGACGAGGAGGGGCGACUUGAACGUCAGAUUGAUGAAAUUGAUGAACAAAUUGAGUGUUACAAGAGGGUGGAACUACUGAGGGACAGACGGGAUGUGGUGAAGAGCAAGUCUCUGCCCAGAAAGCAGGAACAAGUGGACACUGGCGACAGCACUGAAGAAGAGGAGGAGAAUGAAGAGGAGUUGCUGGGGCUUUUGUCACGGGACUGGAGAGCCAAAGGAGCUCUGGCCUGACUUUCUCUUGAAAUGUGUGACUGACCUCAGUUUUAUUCAGAAUAUUGUUAUAGCCUUCCUCAAGGGGGAUGCUAAUGUGUUCCAGUUUCCAAAAACUGUGAAGUUUGUGAAAAUGUCUAUCAAAUCUUUGUCCCUUUGUAUAUUUCAGACUGGAUUGGAUAUAAUUCUAGUAAAAGACUUAAGUGCCAGAGACACAUGAGAAUAGUCACUUUGUCUUAUGACACAAGGGAAACCAACAAUCAAACCUUUAACUGUGUGUUUAUUCAUUGGUGCUCAAACAAAGACAUUCAUAAAAUCUCUCAUUUACAUACAGUAGCAGCAUGGACCCAAAAUCAAUGCAAUGGUGGCCAAAGCCAGCUAACCAAUGUCCCGCAAAAACAAUUAAGUCGCCUACGUUAAGUUAUAAAUAAUGCGUUCAUGUUACAUAAAGGAACAUGCAAAGCACAACAGAAUUAAAAAAUGCAACAUGUUGGAUUAUGCCUGUAAAGCAAUUUUUUUUUUAUCAUCCCAACCCCAUUUACAAGAUAACUGGAUUAGAAUACAUUUUUUACAGCAUACAACAAAGUCUGAAUAUGACAAAUUUAUGAUGUAAGUUCAACAUUAUUAGGCCAUUUAAAUGGCAUUAAAUGAGUCAAGUCCAGAGUGACGAUCAGUGCUUCUUAUACUACCUGUUACAUAUUGUGAGCUAUGUCUUCUGCCUUUCCACUGCAAUUCUACACAGGUAACAUCUAAAUCAUUUUGUUAUUGCUACAUAUGCCUCAUGAGUUACCACUUUAAAAAUCUUUUAAGUGACUUUAAGUGUUUGUAGCCCUUCAAAUCUGCAAAACACCAGGAAAAUGCAUAAAACAGAACCACAGUCACUAUAUAUACAUGUACAGAUGGAUAAUAUACAUGAUCCAAACCAUCUGAAUAAGGUAAAUGAGGAAGGGGAACAAUCAAACUUGUAACCAGCUUAGAAAA